CGAGAGGCAGCGCGGUGAUGUUUCGGAAGACCAGCGCGGGGACCUAGUUUACUGCCAGCGUGUGACUAGACGCAGGGUUUCCGUUUAAAAAAAAAUAAAUAAAAAAAAAAAAUCACCUUUUCCCUCAUGAUCAACUGUUAGUACUACUAAUAAUGUUGGAGUCAGUUUUUCCAAGGAAUAUCGGCAUGGCAAGGGCUGCAACACUGGCCGUGUACUGCUACACUCGAUAGAAUAGAGACUUCCCAGCAUUUCCGUCCUGGCAGGUCCGCACACAGGCAGGCUUUGCGCGCAGCGACACCACCACCAUCACCAUCACCGUACGCCUCCACCGCCAGCAAUGUUACAACACGUGGCCGCCGUCCGUUGAGGUUGCUGCAGCGACUAGUGCUCGGGGGAAUCUCGGGACUUCCCUGUCUGCUAAGAGCCGUGGGCGGGAACCCCCUUCACCACCACCACUACCACUAACACCACCACCAGCGUGCCUGGCCGAGCGUCCCCCGCCGUCAUUGUCGUCGAGAGGCGGGUGGCGAGGAUUCUGUGAAUACGUUCAAGUAGCGCGCGUGGCGGCAGUUCCAUUCUGAACCUUAUCGAGCGGACUUGUGCAUCCUAGGUAAGCGCUUCGUGGGAACCUCGUGUCAGCUGGGACUCGGAUCCAAGAAGGGAGGAUGUUGCUGAGAGAAUACCAGACGUUGUUUUGACCACCCUUCUCCCACCUUUCUUAUCCCCACCCACACAUCUCCUUUACUCGUUCUACCCACCUACCAUUCCCUCGUGCCGAAAGAAGUGUGCUGCUUGCGCUGAAAGGAUAAGGCGCGGAUGCUUGCGGACAGCAGCACCUGACGUAAGUUGCUUGCACAUCUUCACGUGAUUGCAGAGCUCGUGCAACACAGCAUCGUCGUGACGACAUGCGCAUCGUCGUCUCUCGGCGUUGUCUGUGUGCCUUAGGAAGAAGACGGUGACUUCCAGAAAUCACAGGAUCGGCCAGUGUGAUUGUUCGUGAUGGCCUAGACAAAAGGGGGCCGGUGUCACUUCAGGGGGAAAAAAAUCUAACCAGCCAACCAAGCAACACGCGAAGGACAGUUAACGCAAUCUGGCGGGUUUUUUUUCGGGGUUGGAGGAAGCUCUGAUUUAACGUCAUGACGAUGCUAUAAACGUGUCUGCAUUAUCUGCUACAGAAGAGGUAACUCGGCGUUCAUUUGAAACGGAACAGAGCGGCUUGAAGUAUCCAACACCUGUGGAUAAGUGUUUUUCAGAGAAGCCAAGUUUACAAUACGUUUUUCUUUCUACUUAAAACAAGCAAACAAACGACGUAUUGUCAUCCUUCGCCCAACUUCUUCUGCAUACAGUUUUGUGGAAUUAUCACCUCUUCAUUGAGGAGGAGUUCUGUUCUAACACCAUGAGUGAGCCAAGCGAUCAGACGACUGUUCUUGGGGUAGAGGAUGCUGAGAGGGAGGCGCUAAUGAAAAACAUAGAAGAUUCGACAAACGAAUCCCUGGAAAGUACACGGCGUAUGUUGGCAUUAUGCGAGGAGAGCAAGGAGGCCGGCAUAAAGACACUUGUCAUGUUGGAUGAACAAGGAGAACAACUGGACCGUAUUGAGGAGGGCAUGGAUCAGAUUAACCAGGACAUGCGAGAUGCUGAAAAGAACCUGGAGGGCUUAGAGAAAUGUUGUGGACUCUGUGUGCUUCCAUGGAAAAGGUCAAAGAACUUUGAGAAGGGUGCCGACUACAACAAAACGUGGAAGGCAUCAGAAGAUGGAAAGGUCAAUACAAAUGGCCCUCGUAUUGUGGUUGAUGACCGCAAUGGAGCAGGACCUGCAGGGGGUUACAUUACACGAGUAUUGAACGAUGCCCGAGAAGAUGAGAUGGAACAGAACAUGUGUGAAGUAUCAGGCAUGAUUGGAAAUCUGCGAAAUAUGGCUGUUGACAUGGGCAAUGAAAUUGAAUCACAGAAUCGACAGAUUGACCGUAUUAACCAGAAGGGCGAGUCAUUGAACAGUCGAGUGGACAAUGCCAACAAGAGAGCCAACCAGAUCCUUCGCAACCAGUGAAGCCUCUCGUUUGGAUCAGGACUGAUUUAUCUGCUGUUGUGUGCAAGGCCUUGGUUGGCAAAGUCCUGGUGCUUGUCAUUGAGCAUCUGGCAGCAUGAAAGAAUCCUCCAUUUUCAACACUCCUGCUUUCACUGUGCCCUUGUUUCCAAGCCCCUGUGCCUUUGGUGCAAGGUCAUCAUCACUGCUGCAGCAGACGCAAGAACUACACGAAUAAAUUGCUUAGAAGCAAUGCCAGGGGACUGGGACAAGUAUACAAGAUGCACAUUUUUUUUUUCAAAAGGUAAUUUUCAAAUAAGACAAUGCCUAUUCUGUUGAUCUGGACUGUACCUCUCUUUUGAGGUGUAUGUAACAGAAAAAUAGAUUACUCUUGUAAUAAAAAAAUAUAAUUGUUUUCCCAUAAUAGAAUUAUUUCAAGUGUUAGUUACAUUUCAUAAGCUAUAGGGUUUAUACUGUUUCAUUAGGAAUCAAGAUUUUGGGGGAAAAAUUGCUCCUGAAGUUGCACAGAUUUUUCUUUACAGUUAAUUUUGUAAUUUAGAAAUAUAAUAAUGUUGAUUAUGAAGUGCUUCACUUUGCGUAAGUCAAAAAUUUUAAUGAUUUUUGAAAAGAAUGGACACUUGUUACAGAGGUGAACAGUUUUACAAGUAGUACUCUUUGCUACCAAAUAGUGAGCUAUCAAUGUUGAUUGUUGGCUUUCCAUGGGGUGAAAGGGCAACAGUGAAGGUGAUAAAUCAUUUACUACUUUCCCAACUUAAUUAUUUAUCAUCUUGAAAGCACAUUGAUUCUGGCAUUCUAAAUGACAUCAUUCAUUUGUUGGGAAAAAAGCAACAAAUUAAAAGUACUGUAUUGGCUUUCAUUCAGAUAAAGUAUCUGGGAGUGCGAUUUAGACAGAUUUUUGGGUUGUCUUUUGAAAAGUUGUGUAAAGGAUGUGUGACGUAAAGUAUUCUUGAGGGGCCUGGCCAGUAGAUGGACAUUUAAUAGAUGUAUCCUCUUGGCAUGAGCUGCCAUCUUGAAUUUUACAGGUCAGCAAGAAUAUCUUUGAACUGUAGUCUUCACGGUAGUUUUGUAGGCUUUCUACUUGUGGCAUUCAGAUUGUUGAAUUGAAAAGCUAAGAUUUAAAAAUUACAAAUAUUUGCAGUUAGGCUCAGGUCAGGCAGGAAGAAAUUUAUUAGAUGUCUAUUUCGGGGAUUGAUGAAGUUUGGGGUAAUCUUGCAUGGCCUGAUGCAUGCUUAUCAGUGAGAUUUCUUAAGCAUUGUAUGUGCAUAUGCUUUCCAUUUGUAUGUUGCUAAUCCCGUUUGUAUUGCUAUAUAAUGCACACUGUAAAACUGGUUUUUACACAACUUUGUUGGCCCCUGAUAGAUGUAUUUAUUUGCAUGUCACCACAAGCUCAAACUAUGAUGAUUCUAGUAUUAUGCAGUUAUGAUGUGAAACGUAACUUUCUUUGGGUGGUUUGGCAUAAAUUUAACUUGAAGACAGUAAAGUCCAUUCAUUGAAAGCGAAAGCUUUUCAGUGAAAGGAAGAAACUUGUUUAUGGAUCAUGAUCUGUGAUGUUGAUAGUUGAAAGUGAUCAGUGAUUCUUUCCUUAGAAGGUGUCUGUGGUUGAAAGAAGAAUAGCUAUCUGCCUCGGGGAAUUAUGCCUUAUGUAGGACAGAAAAUGAGGAUAAGGUUUUGGGGUAGUAGUGAAUAAAAGUGUUGGAGACCUGCAUCAUAUGACUCAGAAUUAGGACUUUAUUAUUUAGAAAUGUGCAUGUGACAGAUCUUUGCUCAUAGGGAUGUUAUUUGUACAUAGGUCAUAACAUCAUCUGUGAUAUCCAUCUUGUCUACGAUAAUGAACAAGGUCUUUAGAAAUUACAGAUGUUUCAAUUUUUGUUUUUCUAAAAUACAUGUACAUUCUCAUUUCUAUACUUCUAGCGAUGGUAUACACACACACACUGUACCGCUAUCGUGGUUAUCGUUACUUGCUGACAGUUCAUCUCAUGUAAUGCAUGUGCUUGCCUGAUAUACAUCUGAGCACUGUUGCUGUUUACUUUUUACUAGAAGUUUUUCAAUGCUGUAAUGUUGAAAAAUGAAGAGAAUGCUUUGCAAAAGACUUGUUAAGAUCGGUCAGAGGAAGGGAGAGUACAGACUUUCACAAAGCCACAAAUAGUGUGAAUGUAGGUGACGCAGAAUGUUUGAAGGAUUGAGGAUAAGGUGAGCAAGACUCUUGUUACCACAUACAGGUCAUUGAUGCUGACCACUACCAUCACGGGAUGCAUUGCUUUCAAACUGUUACAUGGUGGACUUUUCAUUUCCAUCUAAGCUCAUGCUCCUGUCAGCUUUAAAAGCAGUUUUUUAAGCAGUAUUCUUUUUACCUUUGGAGGAUGCAGCUGUUUGUUGACUGUUUAAACUUUUGCAGCUUUUGUUCUUUAGGUUGUGUCUGCAUCUUCCUUUGUCUUUGAUACAUCUACAGCUUCUCUCAUGAUUAGGUUACAGCAAUAUUUUACAUCAUUUCUUUUCUUUCUUAGUUUCUUCUUGUGAUUUUGACCAUUUGGAAUCAACACUAUUGUAAAAAUUUUAUCAAUAACCUAUACAGUAAUGUAUAUACUUACAGAGUAAUGCAUCUCAUCCUGCCAUUUGUAACAUUUUUUUUUUCUCGUCUUGAGAACAGAAAUAUGUCUUAAUUUGUUGCCCAGUGUAAAGGUAUACCACCGACAGAGCGAACAGCCACAAACAUUUCACAGGGCAAGUCCAGCCCUCAUCUUACUAGCCGACAUGCUUAAACUGAAGUCCUGGCUUUGUUAGAUCAAGGUCACAUCUUUGUUGCCCCUUAAGAAACAUUUGCUACUUAUCCUUCAUAAAGUGUGUUACAAGGAAACUUAAAACUAAAGAGACAAAAAGAAACCUGUGUUCAUCAGAAAAUGAAGCCAGGUAUAUAAUUUAGAUAAUUAAAAUGUACUUUUUACUCCCAACGCUUUUGUCUAAUGCAAAGCAUUCGAUUUGUUGUCACUAUUGCGGUGCCCACUUUUCUGUUUGGAAAAUUUGUGAAAUAUUCUAAAGCUGUGUGACACUUUCUGAAAAUUAUUUUUCCCAUUUGUGGACCAAGUUAAAAAAGCUGACGUGUUUAUCUGCAUGCAUUAUCACUGAGCACAACUGCUGUGUUUUGGGUUUUCCAUGACUGCCCUUUGUAGAGUCGCAGCAGGCUGGAUUUUCAUCUGGAUUGUAUGGGUUUUUUUUUUAAAAAUAAAAUCUCAUUCUCCCCUUUAGUUUACUUGCUCAAAGAUUCCAUCCAAUGUCUAUCAAAGAAUGCAGAUGGUAGAUAGGUACAACCUCUGAAAUCACCCUUUCUACUGCCGUUUUUUUAAAUUUUUAUUGUCAGUUAAAAAGUUUUCUUCAACUUUCCCUAGGCACCAUCAUCAUUGUUAAAUUUCUCUUCCUGGCAUCUUCGAGUGUAAGUUUUUUUAUGGUGUGGGGAAAAUAUUUGUAAAGUUACAAUAAAUGUUUUUCGUCAAUUCAUUGAUAUUGCUUAUAUACUUACAAAGCAGUAGCUGAAUUCUUGAGUGGGGAAGUCCACAAAUCAUUUACAUUCCAAGAAUGAAAACCCUUUUGUAAUGAAACAAAUGCCCUAUUUUGAAAACAGAAGAUGUUUUUUUUUUUUUAAAAAAUUCAUUUUCAGUUCAUUUCCAUUGCUAAGAUGUCGCAGUCUCGGGUCAUACGUUUUGGUGAGAGUCCGACUGAUGGUCGUUAUAAACCAUUUUGUGAAAACUGGUAGUGUCAAGUUUUGUGAUUCCAGCUUCUUUUGAAGCCUCAGUGCUUUGCUCCGUGCGUUAACGAUUAACGAUUCCACUGCACGGCCUGCAGAGUGCACCUACAUGGAUAACUGUGUGAUCGCUAUGGACUUGACCGUGUUUGCGGUGCCCACCCUAGCACCGUGUAAUAUCUUUCUACCAUCGCGUCUUUGCUUCACGUCGGGCAGAGCAAGGCGAGGCUGACAUGCCGGCUGGCUGAUGACGAGAGGAGACAGACUGUGGGUGUCUAUAUAGCUUUCAUCAGAGCCAGACCGAGUGGUGUCGAAAGCUGAAAGGAGUGAAAUAUCUUGGUGUGUAAUCUGCGCCCACCGAAGAGCUGAACAUGGAUGUUUGCUUGCUUUUCACACAGACGAUCUUUGAUAACGAGCUUUGAUAACGAGAGGAUCACAACUCCGCGACGGUGGAAUGCAGGGUCUCUGACGUCACAACUCGCGUCUGCUCAAGUUUUGUUACGCUCGACGCAUCUGAGUGCAGUGGGUGACAGUAUGAACAUUCAGAGGGGCGACCUUGCGUAGACCCCUAAGGCGUAUGGUAUGUUUAUUUCAGACCCUUAAGGUGUGUGAAACAUUUCAACGUUAAUUAAGCGGCUCCAUGCAUGUGUGGAGCGUAUAAUUAAGAACGUUAAGCGUCACAGUCAAACGAGUGCGUCCUACACCUGGGAUGCUGCUUGCCCUUUCCAAGACAUUUUGUUAACAAUAGAGAUCAGACUGAAUUAAAGCAAACGGUGCUGUUACCUGUCACUUUCAUAUCCGUCGACUUCACUCAACCCUCCCUCCCUCCCCUUUAUUCGUUGGCUCCUUCUCUUGACCCUGUUGGUAACGAAUUGCUUUUGAUAGGUUAGCAUGUACAUCUGGCGUUUGCGGGUUGGCGUUAGAAUGGCCAGCACGCAGGGGUGAUAUUCGUUGUCGAGGAUGUUACACGCGAACAGGCUUGACGUCAACACCAGUCUGCGUGACUGGUUCGCUAGUGAGGGGGAGGUCAAAGGUCGGUAUAUUUUGUCACUCCGCGUAGAGAAAGGAAGUGCUUAGUGCUAGUUUCGUAGACAACACAUCUGGCUUGCUGCGAAGCCGUCACACCCAUUGUUUCGUCCUGUAUAAUAAACUUCAGCAUCAAUACACAUGUUCAUCUUGUUUCAUUUGAGAUUAAACGUGCACUUCCAAACACC